CUUUGUGCAGCGCGCCUGCGCAGUGCGGCGGCCAAUGCCGCUAUAAAGGCUUGUUUUGCUCCAGAGCUGAUGCUCCGGAGCGUGGUCGAGUGGCCGGCGCGGCGGUCCAGCACCUGGGGCACAGAGAUUCUCAUGUGAAACCAGGAGUCCGUGAACCCUGGCACCUCCAAUCAGAGAAGAUGAAGGAUAUCGACAUAGGAAAAGAGUAUAUCAUCCCCAGCCCUGGUUAUAGAAAUGUGAGAGAGAGAACCGGCGCUUCUGGGCAGGACAAAGACCGCGAGGACUCCAAGUACAAGAGAACUCGGCUGUUGGAAUGCCAGGAUGCCUUGGAAACAGCAGCCCGAGCUGAGGGCCUUUCCCUGGAUGCCUGUACGCAUUCUCAGCUCAGAAUCCUGGAUGAGGAACAUCCGAAGGGAAAGUACCAUCACAGCUUAAGUGCUCUGAAGCCCAUUCGGACCACUUCCAAACACCAGCACCCAGUGGACAAUGCUGGGCUCUUCUCCUGUAUGACUUUUUCUUGGCUUUCUCCCUUGGCCCGCCUGGCCCACAAGAAGGGGGAGCUCUCCAUGGAGAAUGUGUGGUCUUUGUCCAAGUACGAGUCUUCCGAUGUGAACUGCAGAAGACUAGAGAGACUGUGGCAAGAAGAGCUGAAUGAAGUUGGGCCAGAAGCUGCUUCCCUCCGAAGGGUUGUGUGGAUCUUCUGUCGCACCAGGCUCAUCCUCUCCAUCGUGUGCCUGAUGAUCACGCAGCUGGCUGGCUUCAGUGGACCAGCCUUCAUGGUGAAACACCUCUUGGAGUACUCCCAGGGCACAGAUUCUAACCUCAAGUACAGCUUGCUGUUAGUCCUGGGCCUCCUCCUGACGGAAAUCGUGCGCUCUUGGUCACUUGCACUGACGUGGGCGUUGAAUUACCGAACCGGUGUCCGCUUGCGGGGGGCCAUCCUCACCAUGGCAUUUAAGAAGAUCCUUAAGUUAAAGAGCAUUAAGGAGAAGUCCGUGGGCGAGCUCAUCAACCUGUGCUCCAACGACGGGCAGAGGAUGUUUGAGGCCGCGGCCGUUGGCAGCUUGCUGGCUGGAGGACCCAUUGUUGCCAUCUUGGGCAUGAUCUAUAAUGUGAUUAUUCUGGGGCCAACAGGCUUCCUGGGAUCAGCUGUUUUUAUACUCUUUUAUCCAGCAAUGAUGUUUGUAUCACGGAUCACUGCAUAUUUCAGGAGAAAAUGUGUAACCACCACAGAUGACCGUGUCCAGAAAAUGAAUGAAGUCCUCACAUACAUUAAAUUUAUUAAAAUGUAUGCCUGGGUCAAAGCAUUUUCUCAGGGUGUUCAAAAAAUACGAGAGGAGGAGCGACGGAUAUUGGAAAAAGCUGGGUACUUUCAGAGCAUCACCGUUGGUGUGGCUCCCAUUGUGAUGGUGAUCGCCAGUGUGGUGACAUUCUCAGUUCACAUGACCCUGGGUUUCGAUCUCACGGCGGCACAGGCUUUCACAGUGGUGACUGUCUUCAAUUCCAUGACUUUUGCUUUGAAAGUAACUCCGUUCUCAGUAAAAUCCCUCUCAGAAGCAUCAGUUGCUGUCGACAGAUUUAAGAGUUUGUUUCUGAUGGAAGAGGUUCACAUGAUAAAGAAAAAGCCAGCCAGUCCUCACAUCAAGAUAGAGGUGAAAAAUGCCACCUUGGCAUGGGACUCCUCCCACUCCAGUAUCCAGAACUCACCCAAGCUGACCCCCAAAACGAAAAAAGACAAGAGGGCUGCCAGGGGCAAGAAAGAGAAGGGGAGGCAGCUGGAGCACACCGAGCACCAGGCGGCGCUGGCAGAACAGAAGGGCCGCCUCCUCCUGGACAGCGACGAGCGGCCCAGUCCCGAGGAGGAAGAGGGCAAGCACAUCUACCUGGGGAGCCUCCGCCUGCAGAGGACGCUGUACAGCAUCGACCUGGAAAUCGAAGAGGGUAAGCUGGUUGGAAUCUGUGGCAGUGUGGGAAGUGGAAAAACCUCUCUCAUCUCAGCCAUUUUAGGCCAGAUGACACUUCUAGAGGGCAGCAUUGCAGUCAGUGGAACCUUCGCUUACGUGGCCCAGCAGGCCUGGAUCCUCAAUGCCUCUCUGAGAGACAACAUCCUCUUUGGGAAGGAAUUUGAUGAAGAAAGAUACAACUCCGUGCUGAACAGCUGCUGCCUGAGGCCUGACCUGGCCAUUCUCCCCAACAGUGACCUGACCGAGAUUGGCGAGCGAGGAACCAACCUGAGUGGUGGGCAGCGCCAAAGGAUCAGCCUUGCCCGGGCCUUGUAUAGUGACCGGGACAUCUACAUCCUAGAUGACCCCCUCAGUGCCUUAGAUGCCCAUGUGGGCAACCACAUCUUCAACAGCGCUAUCCAGAAGCACCUCAAGUCCAAGACGGUUCUGUUUGUUACCCACCAGCUACAGUACCUGGCUGAUUGUGACAAAGUGAUUUUCAUGAAAGAGGGCUGUAUUACAGAAAGGGGGACCCAUGAGGAACUGAUGAAUCUAAAUGGUGAUUAUGCUACCAUUUUUAAUAACCUGUUGCUGGGAGAGACACCCCCAAUUGAGAUUAAUUCAAAAAAGGAAACCAGUGGCUCACAGAAGUCACAAGACAAGGGUCCUAAAACAGGAUCAGUAAAGAAGGAGAAGGCAGUGAAGCCCGAGGAAGGGCAGCUGGUGCAAGCGGAAGAGAAGGGGCAGGGUUCAGUGCCAUGGUCAGUGUACGGUGUCUACAUUCAGGCUGCCGGGGGCCCCCUGGCUUUCCUGUUCAUCAUAUCCCUCUUCGUGUUGAAUGUGGGCAGUACUGCCUUCAGCAACUGGUGGUUGGGUUAUUGGAUCAAGGAAGGAAGCGGGAACAGCACAGUGACUCACGGGAACAGGACCUUGGUGAGCAGCAGCAUGAAGGAUCACCCUCACAUGCAAUACUAUGCCGGCGUCUACGCCCUCUCCAUGGCCGUCAUGCUGCUCCUGAAGGCUGUUCGAGGAGUGGUCUUUGUCAAGGGCACACUUCGAGCCUCUUCCCGGCUCCAUGACGAGCUUUUCCGAAGGAUCCUUCGAAGCCCCAUGAAGUUUUUUGACACUACCCCCACGGGGAGGAUUCUCAACAGGUUUUCCAGAGACAUGGAUGAAGUCGAUGUGCGCUUGCCCUUCCAGGCUGAGAUGUUCAUCCAAAAUGUCAUUCUGGUGUUCUUCUGUGUUGGGAUGAUCGCAGGGGUUUUCCCAUGGUUCCUGGUGGCAGUGGCACCCCUCAUCAUCCUCUUUGCAGCUCUGCACAUUGUGUCCAGGGUCCUGAUUCGGGAGCUGAAGCGUCUGGACAAUAUCACGCAGUCGCCUUUCCUCUCUCACAUCACAUCCAGCAUACAGGGCCUUGCCACCAUCCACGCCUACAACAAGGGGCAGGAGUUUCUGCACAGGUACCAGGAGCUCCUGGAUAACAACCAAAGCCCUUUCUUCCUGUUCACGUGUGCAAUGCGGUGGCUGGCUGUGCGGCUCGACCUGAUCAGCAUUGCCCUGAUCACCACCACUGGGCUGAUGAUCGUUCUCAUGCACGGACAUAUUGCCCCGGCCUACGCAGGUCUCGCCAUCUCCUACGCUGUCCAGUUAACAGGGCUGUUCCAGUUUACCGUCAGACUGGCAACUGAGACAGAAGCUCGCUUCACCUCAGUGGAGAGGAUCAACCACUACAUCAAGACUCUCUCUCUGGAAGCACCUGCCAGAAUUAAGAACAAGGCCCCCUCCCCCGAUUGGCCCCAGGAAGGAGAGGUGACCUUUGAGAAUGCGGAGAUGAGAUACCAAGAAAAUCUGCCUCUGGUCCUGAAGAAAGUGUCCUUCACCAUCAAACCCAAGGAGAAGAUCGGCAUUGUGGGGCGGACAGGAUCAGGGAAGUCGUCCCUGGGGAUGGCCCUCUUCCGCCUGGUGGAGUUAUCUGGAGGCUGCAUCAAGAUUGAUGGAGUGAGAAUCAGUGACAUCGGCCUCGCUGACCUCCGAAGCAAGCUCUCCAUCAUACCUCAGGAGCCAGUGCUGUUCAGUGGCACUGUCAGGUCAAAUUUGGAUCCCUUCAGCCAGUACACUGAAGACCAGAUUUGGGAUGCACUAGAAAGGACACACAUGAAAGAAUGUAUUGCUCAGCUACCUCUGAAACUUGAAUCUGAAGUGCUGGAGAAUGGGGAGAACUUCUCAGUCGGGGAACGGCAACUCUUAUGCAUAGCAAGAGCCUUGCUCCGUCACUGUAAGAUUCUGAUUCUAGAUGAAGCCACAGCUGCCAUGGACACAGAGACAGACUUACUGAUCCAAGAGACCGUCCGAGAAGCAUUUGCCGACUGCACUAUGCUGACGAUUGCCCAUCGCCUGCAUACGGUCCUAGGCUCUGAUAGGAUUAUGGUGCUGGCCCAGGGACAGGUGGUGGAGUUUGACACCCCAUCGGUCCUUCUGUCCAAUGACAGCUCCCGGUUCUAUGCCAUGUUUGCUGCUACAGAGAACAAGAUCGCUGUCAAGGGCUAACUCCUCCCGCCGCCGGCGUCUCUUUCCUUCGGAGCAUCGCCAUUCCCUGCCCCAGGCGGGCACUCUUUCUGUCCUGCCGAAACCUUGCCUUUCCCGAUUUUAUCUUUCACACAGCAGUUCAGGAUUGGCUUGUGUGUUUCACUUUUAGGGAGAGUCCUAUUUUGAUUAUUGUAUUUAUUCCAUAUUCACAUAAACAAAAUUUAGUUUUUGUUCUUAAUUGCACUCUAAAAAGGUUCAGGGAACCAUUAUUAUAAAUGUAUCAGAGGCCUAUAAUGAAGCUUUAUACGUGUAGCUAUAUCUCUAUAUAAUUCUGUACAUAGCCUAUAUUUACAGUGAAAAUGUAAGCUGUUUAUUUUAUAUUAAAAUAAGCACUGUGCUGAUAACAGUGCAGAUUCCUUUCUAUCGUUUUUGUACAGUUUGCUGCACUGGAGAUCUGGUUUUGCUAUUAGACGAUAGGAAGGGUAGCAUAUUGUUCUUUGCUAGCUGGUUGUUUCACAGCGCCAGGUUUUCUGGGUGUCCAAAAACGAAGAUGUGUGGCAAUAGUGGGCCCUCCAGCGGCCCCCUCUGCCGCCUCCCCACCACCACUCCGGGACGGGGGGAGUAGAGGGGGCCCGCUGGCGGCCAUGCAGAGCGCCGUGAAUUCUCAGGGCUCCUGCUUUCUGUCCUGGUGUCACCUCCCUGUUUCUGUCAGGAGAGCAGUGGGGCAAAGCCCCAGACCCCUUUCUACUCCCUCGGUCAAGAAUGAGAAUUGCCGAAACAUUCCUUGGUGAGAGGGAGUUUCUUUCCUGCCUUCCCCUUUUUGCUGUUGUUUCUAAAUGAGAAUCAUGUCUCUUCACAGAGUGUCCCCACUGCCUCAGGUUCCUAAUGCUGGCCACUGAGCAGAGCUCUCCGGCCCCCAGACCUGUUGGUUCCAAACCCUGGGGCUGACCGCUGCUUUUCCCAGUGGUACUUUUUCCUUUGCCUGGUCCCACACCUCCACAGUUCAGUGACAGGGUUCAGGAUUUUGUGGGUCUGUUUUCUUUUCUCACUGCAGUUGUCGCACAGUCUCUUUCUCUCUCCAAAGUCUGCGACUUUAAGCAGCUCUUGCUAAUCAGUGUCUCACACUGGUGUAGAAGUUUUUUGUACUGUAAAGAGACCUACCUCAGGUUGCUGAUUGCUGUGUGGUUCAGUGUGUUUCUGCAAACCCCCUUUGUGCUGUGGGGCCGGUAGCUCAGGUGGGCGUGGUCGCUGCUGUCAUCAGUUGAAUGGUCAGCGUUGCAUGUCGUGACCAACUAGACAUUCUGUCGCCUUAGCAUGUUUGCUGAACACCUUGUGGAAGCAAAAAUCUGAAAAAGUGAAUAAAAUUAUUUUGGAUUUUGUAAAA